AUGCCUGUUGAUCUCGUACAACGUUACAAAGCAUGUAUGAUAUUAGGUGGCGUUGGUGAUGCCCUGGGAUAUCGAGAUGGAAAAUGGGAAUUUAACAAUAAUGGAUCAUCAAUUCAUCAUGAGUUAGAACAAACAUUCGGAAAUGUUAAUGCCAUUCACUUCGAACUGUCAAAAUGGCGAGUUAGUGAUGAUACAAUUUUACAUUUGGCCAUAGCAGAAGCAUUGGGUGACCAUGGUGAUCAAAAUCCAGACCCAUCGUUAUAUACGAGAACGGUAAAAAAGUUAAAAUUAGCCGUAUCUGACAUGAAAAAUCGUCAUCCAAGUUCAACAACAAUGACCGCUAUUGAACGGUUAUCAGCAGAGAGAGAAAAUGGUUGGCAUAUUCAAUAUUCGGCUAUUUCUCAUGAUUGUACUGCGGCUGUUCGCUGUAUGUGCAUUGGUCUUCGCUAUUUUCAUCCUAAUAAUUUAAAUCAAUUAAUUAGUGUAUCGAUUGAAACAUCACGUAUGACACAUACCCACACGAACGGUUAUUUAAGUGGUCUAACAACUGCACUGUUCACUUCAUUUGCGUUACAACAAAAACCAAUUUAUAGUUGGGGAAAAUGUUUAUUGGAUUUAUUACCUUAUAUUAAAGAGUAUAUUCAGUCAUUGAAACGAAAUGACUUAGAACAAAAUAUGAGAACAUGGACUAUGUUUGAAACAUUUUGGAGACAGUAUUUACAAGAACGACGUAUUAUCAAUGGAAAUCAUUUACCACAUUUUCCCGAAAAAUAUGAUGUUGAAGAACGAGACAUCUUCUACAGAGAAUUGUCGCAUGCGGGAUGGGCAGGAGCAAGUGGAACGGAUUCUGUGGCUAUUGCUUAUGAUGCAUUAUUAUCUUGUGAUGGCUCAUGGUCAGAAUUAGUUUUGCGAGGCGCAUUACACGGUGGACAUGGAGAUGCAACAGGUGCAAUUGCUUGUGCUCUGUAUGGAGCUGUUUAUGGUUUUCAAAAUGUUCCUGAACGAAACUACAAGGAUUUAGAGUAUCGUGAUCGUUUGGAAACUGUGGCAUUACGAUUAUAUCAAUUAAAUAAAAUUCAUGACAUAUCAUCAACAAAAACAGUUCCUAUUCGAAAAUCUCCGUCACCAGCGUCAUCCUCACAAAAAUCGAAUCGUACACCAUUAUCAGAAUUGAAUCAACGAGGUCCAUGUGUUCAUUUUCUGUUUAUUCCCGCUCAUGUUCAAGAUUCAAUGCCAACAUUUCAACAAUCACUUCAUGAACCGCUACUUUUGUUUCCAAAAAAAUACAAGUUUCAAGAAUAUGAUGAAAUAUCUAUUCAUUCUAAUGAUUCUUCUUCAACAAUUAACUCAUUAAUUAAACAAUCACCAAUACGAACAGAUAUUUUACCAUCAAAAGAAAAUCGAACAGAUAGAUCUCUAAGAACAAAAUCGACUGUUCCACCAAUUCCUGCUAGAAAACCAGUUUUACCAUCAACAUCAUCUGGUGGUGUUCUAGCCAAUAUGGUAUUUCGUGGUUACACUUCAAGCAUUUUGAAGUCAGAUAAAAAUAUUGAACAAUCUCAUCAACAACGAAAUUCUGAUUAUGGAAAUGAUUGUAGAAAGUUUAUUGCCAAAACUUAUCAGUGA